GCGUAAAAACCCGGAAGAUAGACAAGAUGGCGCGGGAUGUUGAUGGGCUUUGUGAUUAUCACAUGUUUAAUGCAAGGUUUGCAGGAAAAGUACCUUGUCUUUCAAUUGGUAGAGAUAUACUACCCGAAGUGUAUGGUAAUGAGAAGUCAGAGAUCACUGGUAUACACUUUCAGAAAGUGAAUGAUGGCUUUGUUAAGGCAGCUAUCAGAAGUGAUUUGUUUAUGUCAGUAGAUUGGCCCAACGCUCCAACCAGGAACAUGCUGCAGGGACCAAAUCUAGAUCUUAAUACAGAGGGAAACCGCUUUGAAAUUGUCCCACCAAACUUGUGGCUUCAAAUAACAAACCUUUUGCUGCAUCUUAAGCAUGCCUUAAUUCAAAUGAUGACCCCUGCAAAUGGACCUCCACCCCAGUCAUUACAUGAUGGAUUAAAGAGCGACAUAUGGACUGGUGGGAUAAACAACUCCCGUAAUGAAACACCUAAACCUGUGCGAUUGGCGUCACUAAAGCAGAUCAUUGGAGAGCAUUGGGUUGAAAAUGCGUGGAUACAAAGCUUUGCCCUUUGUAUUACUGAAGGUAUGGGCCAAGAACAAUCAUCUAUCCAAGAUUUCUUAACGAACCUACUUGGCUUGGGUACAGUAUGGUCAGACAUUUACUGUAUAAAUACACCAGCGGAAACAUCUAGGAAUAAGUCAUUGAGGGAAGGCGUUAUGCACUGUCUUACUUAUGGAUUUCAUGAAGAUCAAAUUGAUAGAGCAACUGAACAAAUGCAACGUCCACGUGAACAAAGAUUAAGAGAACGUGCACGUGGACGUGAAAAAUAUUACGCGACUGAAGAUGGGAAAUUGACUCAUAGAGUUGUUAUACCUAAAGCUAUGGAUGACAGACAAAGAUCCAAGUCUAGAUCCCCUUCUCCUACAAAUGACAUCCGUCCACAGGUAAGGCGGCGUAUACCACCUAGACCGUUGCCACCAAACGACAUCCAUGAUUUUUUGGGGGAUGCAGAUAAUUAUGAUCUGCAUGCCCCCAAUUUACAUAACUUUUUUGAACCACACAAACCAGAUUGUGUAGUAGUUAAAGAGCAGAAUAUUGGACAGAACCUGUCUGCAGCACUAUUAUGUACAGUGGAAAUUUGCUCCUGGCAAAGGUUUGGGGAAGCAAAUUUUAGACGAACUCUGAAUCAUGCAACACAUCAAUGUGUACAGCAGUGCCUAGCUGGGUUAUCAUUUAACCAGGAACAUAUUUUGGGCCUCGUUUUUGUUCCAGAUGGUAUUAAAUUGGUUAAAGUUGAGCGAGAUCCAAAUCAAAUUUACAGAGUAACAGAAACAGAUCUGAUUACUUGGGAUGAUACCAACCUGAUACUUCAAUUACUUCGCUAUUUACAGAACUCCUUCAAUAAUUAAGGGACAAGGUUCCGUGUGGGGGGGGGGGACUCCUAAAUAUAUUUCUAAGUAUAUUUUAAAACUCUUAAAUUAAAGAUACCGGUAUAAUAUACAUGACAUAUUUAAUGUUCUAAUAUUUGUACAGUUUAGAAUAAAUUUCUACAGAAUCACUAAAUAAAGGCUUGUUACCAUACAAGGGCCUAAUUUUUAUCACUAUUACAACUACAAGUCAUUCAGACAAAAAAUACACUUUUCUUAUUAUUAUAUGCAAAUUAACAAAUUAAGACUGACAGACCAAUAAUAUUGCCCUUCUUUGAGAUACUUCUUAUCUCUAUAUCUUUAUGUCAAUCUUAUUUCAGAAGUUCACUUUAAAACGCUUGCAGUUCAUACUCACAACCAUACAUAUUCAGUAUACUAGUGUAUACUGGUAAUAAUAAUAAGCUUAUUCUUUUACAUAUCCUUUCCACGUCCCUAGCUUAAAAAUGCGUAAUGAUGGAAAAAACAACUUUACAGGGUUUGCAUGGAGCCUCUUGUUUUCAAAUUUGGUUUUCAGAGAAAUAGGCACCAUCUAUGGUGUGUAGACAUCAUACUGACCAAAUUGUAACAUAUAUCAUAAAAAGGAUGAUUUUAUCCUGAAUAUUAAAGGGCCACCGUUAUAAUAGAGUUUAAUAACAUGUAAAACUAAUUAGAUUAUACAAGAUAAACAGUAGCAGAGUGACAAAGAGAAAAUAAUCAGUUGUUGACAGCUCAAUUUAAUUUACAUCAUGAUGACCUUUUAGUUUUACAUGCAAUAGUUAGAAUGACAUAAUAGAAUAAUUUGCUGUCAGCAUCAAUCUAUAUUACAGUUUCUUUACAUGUGUUUAAACUGUAAAGGUCAUGAUGUAAAACAAGUGUGAAAAAGUGUGACAUCUGUAAUUAUUUGCACUGUAUAUAGAAACUAUAUAUUUUUUGAAUCAGUGUGAAAGAAGCUAUCAUAUGAGACUGGAAGUGACAUUCACUUUACUAGAAGUAGCUAAUUAUCUCCCUUAUUUCACAGAAACUGUUGAUAGGAUGCCAAUUUUAACUUUGAGAAAACCAGAACUUUCUUCUUAAAAUAUUGAUGUGAAAAGGCCUUCUUUUUUCUUUCUUUUCUUUCUUUUUAUUUUUCUUCUGCCUAAUUUUGUUUUUGUGAUAAAUAUUUGUUUCGCAAUAUGUUGCUUAGAUAUUUUUCAUAUUAUAUCUUAUAGUUCAUGCGCUUUUAGAUUUCAUCCUGCUAAGACAAACAAUUUUCUUUGUAAAGAGUUAUCUCUGUUUUCCUUGUGACUGCAUCUUUUCUGUAACCGAAAAAGAAGGGCUGAAUAGCUAGUCAAGGUCGCUAAAAACUUCCAUUUGUUUGUGAAGGUCACGGUCAUAUUUUUGAUUUUGGCUUAUUUUCUAUUCUUUCUAAAAACUGUACAUGCUGUAUAAGAUAUCGACAACAUAUUUUUACUGAAAUUGUAAGUUGCGACAUCUAGUAACACAUGAAUUUUGGUUGAAACAUUAAAGUGGAGUUUUCUCCCCUCUUAUAUUAAAAAUUAGGCUUAUAGUGAUAUAACUCAUUAACCAUCCAUGAUUAAGACCUAUGGUCUUUUGAUUUAAAGAAAAUUGAAGCCCUUGGUUUAUGACCUUGAAAUUGAACUCAAGGUCAUAGGUUGAAUUGAUGUCUAGAUUUUAACCUUUGCUUUUACCUCAUAAUUAUACAUGAUAAAGCCAUGGGACUUUUUGCAUUACGUUGCAAGACACGUGACCAUGGAAAAACCAAAUUGAAGUGACCUUGUGUAAACCAGAAGUAGCUAUUUUUUGUACUCAUUUAAUGCAAAAGUGAAUUGAACAAUAUAUUUUGGGAAAAAGUAUCAAGUAAACUAUCAAGUAAACUAUCAAAUAAUGGGACAAUAACUUGAGUUAAGUGUAUGGAUCUCCCUGAAAUUGUGCCACAAGAUUCCAUAUCACAAAGGGAAAGCUGUGAUUGAGUUUGGGGGUAAUAGUGAGCUUAUCUUUAUUAUAUUUAUUUCUUUAAAUGCUGGACUUGUACAAUUAUUUGUCACUUAUUUAUUUAUAAUCUUUACAAUAUUGUUGAUGGAUUGAAAUUAAGACAAUGAAAUUGUGUAUAUUUAAAAUUAUUUAUACCAUGGUCAUCAAAUUGUCAUUUUAAUUUAAUGUAUUUGAUGGUAUGUUCUAUUUGUUAGUAAAGUUUAAUUUUAACAUGUUAUGUACAUAUUAUGUCUGUUUAUAAAAAAAUAUUUUGUUUGUUUGUAUUAUAAUUAUUUUUAUUUUUAACCGGAUUUUUGUGACAAAAAUGUCGGUUAUUGAUUUGGGGAUGUACGGCGGGCGGCCGGGCGGGCGGGCGGGCGGCAAUCAAAUGUUGUCCGUGCAUUUACUCAUGAACCGUUCAACCAAAGCUUUUAAAAUUUUAAUAUGUUGUUACUGACAACUAAAUGAAGGUCAAGUUCAAUAAUGGCGAUUUUGACUUUUACCGUUCAGGAGUUAUGGUUCUUGAAAGAUUGAAAAAUAAAGUUUCCAGUCAUGUCCCUGCAUUUACGCAUGAACUGUUCUACCAAAGCUUCCCAAAUUUUAAUAUGUUGUUACUGAUGACAAAAUAAAGGUCAAGUUCAAUAAUGACGAUUUUGACUUUUACCGUUCAGGAGUUAUGGUUCUUGAAAGAUUGAAAAAUGGAGUUUCCAGUCGUGUCCGUGCAUUUACGCAUGAACUGUUCUACCAAAGCUUCCCAAAUUUUAAUAUGUUGUUACUGAUGACAAAAUGGAGGUCAAGUUCAAUAAUGACGAUUUUGACUUUUACCGUUCAGGAGUUAUGGUUCUUGAAAGAUUGAAAAAUGGAGUUUCCAGUCAUGUCCGUGCAUUUACACAUGAACUGUUCUACCAAAGCUUCCCAAAUUUCAUUAUGUUGUUACUGAUGACAAAAUAGAGGUCAAGUUUAUUAAAGACGAUUUUGACUUUUACCGUUUAGGAGUUAUGGUUCUUGAAAGAUUGAAAAAUGGUGUUUCCAGUCGUGUCCGUGCAUUUUCUCAUGAACCAUUCAACCAAAGCUUUUGAAAUUUUUAUAUGUUGUUACUGAUGGCAAAAUAGAGGUCAAGUUCAAUAAUGACGAUUUUGACUUUUACCGUUCAGGAGUUAUGGUUCUUGAAAAAUUGUAAAAUGGUGUUUCCAUUCACGUUGUUGCAUUUACUCAUGAACCAUUCAAUCUAAGCUUUUCAAAUUUUAAUAUGUUGAUACUGAUGACAAAAUGGAGGUCAAAUUUGAUAUUGACGAUUUUCACUUUCACCAUUCAUCAGUAAUGGUUCUUGUGAUAUUGCCAGGACACAAAUAAAUAUUAAUAAAUCCGGUUUGCUGUCGUUGUGACAGCCUCUUGUUUUUCAUUAGAAACCUCACAAAACCAAUAACUUGUCAUUGAUUGAAGUGAAAAUAAAGUAAAAAAAAUGAAUUGCAUUCUACAAAUGUAUUUAUAGAAAUUAUUAUAUUUAUAUUUUCUUAAUCUAUUUUACAUAGUAAAUAAUUGUGUUAUUUUGAUAUGUUCGUAUACAAAGUUAAUAUUCAUAUACAAACUUAAUGGCAAUUCUUUAUUCACAUUUAUGAAUAAUGGUCUUUAUAUAAAAGUUGAUAAGUUUAAAAAAAAAUGUUUUUACAGACAAUGAAAUAGUUUUUGCAGUGAUUUUGCUAGCAUUCGUCAUUUUCGUAAUUUACGAAACAGUUUUCAAAAUGGCAAAAGAAUUUCAAAUCAAUUUCGUCACUUAAUUCUGAAAGUAUAAAGAUAUUUUCCCAUGAAAAUACUGUGAAUCUACCUGUCUCUGUGUUUUUGACAAGUUUUUGACCCCAGGUAAUUAACAUUUGCAACAGGUGUGAAUGAUUACAACUAAUCUGAUUAUCACCAUCGGAUGGGUCACUAAUCCGUUAAUUAUUAAUAAACCUCAUAAUUGACCAUCAUAAUUAUUUUCCCUAUAAAAAUCAGUCAGCAUUUCAACAACUAGGAGUAUAGUUUUAACAUUGAAUCAAAUACUGAUAACUACCAAAUAUGCCUAAGACUUGGUCCUUUAGAGUCGGACAAAGAUGUUGUUAGAAAUAUACAUCCUUGGUCCCUUGCUGUUACACAUUGACAAACUACGGUUAACUUAAAGUAAAUGUAGAGACAACUAAAGGUUUAAUUUUUUCAAAAAGCAGGAUGUAAAAAAACACAAAAUUUUAUUUGAAUAAUAAUGAGCUUGAAAUAGUUAAAGAUUAUAAAUAUCUUGGUAUAUUCUUUUGUAAAAGUGGAUCAUUCUUGUCUACAAGAAAGUAUCUAAAGGAACAGGCAACUAAAGCCAUGUUUGGAUUAUUGAAGACAUGUAGAACAAAUAACUUAUCUAUUGAAUGUCAAAUUGAUUUGUUUAAAAAAUUAGUAGAACCUGUAAUACACUGCUUUUGAGACAAAUUAUAGAAAACUUCAUCGGCUCUAACUGAAAAUAUGGACAAUUUUAUGUUUAGGGGGUCUUUUUUAAAAUUGAAUAAAAAACUAUAUAAUAUAAAAAAAAAAAAAAACUGAAUAAAAACCUGUUUUUUUUCUAAUUAUACCUUGGGAAUGAGAAUUGUUUAUGUCAGUAUAUAAGAUUUUAUUGUUUAAACUAAAGAUAGCAAAACAUUUUACACUGUUUGAGUCUUUUUAUAAGUUUUCUAGAAAUAUGACUUUCAUAAUGCUUUAAGGGCAUACGAUACAGUUUUCAACCUGUAUGUACAAGUUGAUGAAAAUUUGCAUAUAGGCUAUUCUUUACCUCAUUAAAUCAAAUAUGUAAUAAAAAAUAUACCUUCAUGUGCUACUUUGUGAGUAAAAUGAGUUCGAAAUUUUGUAUAUUUGCUCAAAAUUCAGAUUUGUGUCCGUAUUUUCUUUUUAGAAAGAAAGACAUAACUUUUUUGUUUUAAAAGAUAAACACAAAAUGGUUUUUGUUAAAUAAUCGGUAAUUUUUGUAUUUUAUAAGUAUCAUUAACAAUUUUUAUUUCGAAAUAACUCUAUAUUUAUCAAAUGUUCAUGAAUAGAGAGGAAAAAACAUCAUUUUUUGCUGCAUGUUUAUCAAAAUUAAAAAAAUUGCGCUAUUUACAGUUUUAUAAAAUUUGGGUCACAUAAUCUCCUUGCAAAAUGAAACAAAUUGCUGUUUAAAAAGAUAGGGGUCCAUGCACUCGUUUUCAAAUUAAAUCAGUUUGAAUGAUAAAAAUCAGUUGAAAAAUGCAUCUUUUCCUGAUAUAUCAGAGUUUGACGUCGCGAAAAUAACAUUUUACGUUAGCAACGUCAUUACCUCCCCUGUAACUGUAUCGUAUGCCCUUAAAGCCAUGCAGUACUAUUGUGAGUGUUUGUUAUUUUUUUAAUUAAUUUAUCAUGUUGCAAAUAUACAUGUAUAGCAUAUUUCUUUCUUAUUUGACUAUACAGUUACCAAUGAUAAGGAGAUGGAGACAUGAAUACAAAUCUAUACAGAUAAGAUAAAUACAUAUAAUGAAUUAUUUGCAAGCAGUGAACAAUCAAUUAUCAAAAACAAAACAAAACAAGAACUGAUUCUUCUUAAUAUUUUAUUUUCAUUCAAAUAGAAAGGCAAUAAGGGUACUAUAAACAUAUUACAAUUUGAUGGAAAUUUGAAGAAAAACACAAUUUCUACAUCAUACGGUUACUUUUAUGACAAAAUUUAUGUCCCCACCUGAUCUGAGUCCUAAUCUCCUGACCAAAAUUUCCAAAUCUCCUGAUCUGAGUUUCACAGUCCAUUAAACUGCCACGAAAAUUUCCCUGUUUACAGUAUAUUGAAAUGGAUGGUUGAGGUUCCAACCCACAACCACAUGAUGUUACUGUUUGUAUGUCAAAAUGAUUGUAACGAAUAUAUUGGACUCUAGUCCCCAGUGGUCAUCCCAAUCCUUUGUCAUUUGAUAAUGUGCAAAAUAUUUCCAAAGGGUCAAGAUCCCCAACCCUAUGAAUCCCCUGCCAUUUUAAAAUGUUGUGAAAUGUUUGUAUAACUUAUCAUUUGUACCCACACCCUUAACCAUAUACACUCCUGUGUGUCAUGUAAAAAAUGCUUAAUAGUGUACAUUGUAAGCCCUUUUUUGUCAUUCCUACCCCAAAUAUCUUGUAAUUUUUCAAUAUUUGAACCCUUAGUUCAUAUAUAUUCAUGUCAAGAUGAAUUGAUAAAUGUACAGGGUUAGCCUUUAUGUGUCAUUCCAACCAAUCUUAUUUGAGGAUAUUCUAUUAUCUUACCUCCUAUACAUUUCUAGGAAUAUGGUUGGUUAAAAUUGUCCUCGUGGAAACCGUGUAUAUUUAAUAUUAGGUUAGCUUAUUUCAUACACGGUUAGUAGUGGAGUUACGUCCUUUUAUAUUCCAUAUAAGGUAAUAAGGAGUCUGGGCUUAUUUCAUACACGGUUAGUAGUGGUGUGACGUCCCUUUAGAAAAACAAAACAGUACUGAGAAAAAAUCUUAAAGGUUUCAACAGAUGAAGAAAGUGAAAUAAAUUCAUAAAACACAUUUAAAUCUAAAAAGUUGUCAUUGUUGGCAUCUGUUUUUGUAGGAUCAACGGAAGUAGUUUCUUAAUCAUGUUAAUGCUAACUGUAUUGAAGACUUGCUCAUUUUGUUUUAAUUUUACACGUUAAAAUAGGCGGUAAGAUAAAUUCGUUACAUAGUGUGCUAGUGACGUAAUACAGGAUAUAUGGGGUCAGUAAAUUCCAUAUUUGGAUUCCAGCUUCGCUCUCACACCAUAUGGAAUUUACUGACCCACUAGUACACUAUGUAACUAAUAUUAUCUAGAAAAUAGUCAAUUUUCCUUCUAAACCAUACAUUUUACGCAAGAUGAAUUGAAUGAAUAAUAUAGGGAGACCAAAGGGGUUUAUGUUAAUGUGGACCUUGUUUGGGAGGUUUUGUUAUAUCUUUCUGUUACAAUCAUUUCUUGUUUUAUCUGAUGUUGUAAAUAAGCCUUUUUGUUAAUCUUUAUCAUCUUGUUUUUUUAAUGUGGCCAGUAAAUAUUUCAAAUUUCACAGUCAGAUACAUUUAUAUGAUAUGCCAUUCAAUGAAUUUGCUCCUUGUUGAGUCUUAUUUGAAUUUUACAUGUUGUUUUCAAUUAUAUCUUUUUUAAAUAUUUAUUUUAUUAAUAUCGUUGUAGACUAAAGGAGAAGGUAUGGUAACUGUAAUGCCAUUGUUUUGGCACCUAUAAUUUGAAUCAGUUUUAGUAUUGUUGCAUUUUUUCUUACUUAUUUGUUGUUAACUGCAUUAGGUCACACUUCUAAUAAUAAGUGCAAAAAAAACCCUUAUAAACAGUCUCAUUUUGAGUUCUUAUUAUCAACUUUUGAAUACACAAGAGUUUCACUUUCAUUUGAUAGAAAUUUUGUGAAAAAGUCACUUUUCAGGUUAAAUGACCAAAAUGUAGCUUUUUCACUUUUUUCAAUAUUUUUGCAAAAACAGCAUGCUUAAUUUCUCUCUGACAGGUUUUUUCUGAUAUCUAUUUGUGUUUGUGGUAUUUAUUUCAGUUGUUUUACUCAU